AUGUCGCAAAGUCCAUUAUCGCAAAAUCGACCUGGUGGAUAUUGUACUACAACAGAACACACUCAUUUAUUAAAGUAUCGUCAUGUUUCAAUAUGUAAAAAUGGUCUUAAUUGUAAUGAAAAUUUGAAAAAUUCUGAACAGCAUUGUAAAUUAUUUAGACAUUGUAAAAUGGCUUGUGAUUAUGGUGGUAUUUGUAUUUAUUUUCAUGAUACAAAUCAUCUUAAAGAAUAUGAACAUCCAUUUAAUCAACCAUGUCCAUUUACACCAUAUUCAUGUAAACAAUAUAUAAAAUUUUUACAAUAUAAUAAACGUAAUAAUCUUGAUCAGGGAACAGCAAAAAUUAUGCAUGAAAAAUUGAAAAGACAUUAUUUAAAAUAUUCCCAUGUUUGUUCAUGGGCAAGAAAUUGUACAGAAACAAAGGAUGAACAUAUGAGAAAUACUAUUCAUAUUUCAAGAAUAAUGUGUUCAGAUUCAGAUAAAUGCAAUAAAUUGUUAGAAGAAGAUCAUUUGAAUAGUUUUUCACAUCCUAAUAUACGAGAUAUUCGUUUACUAUGUGAUUAUUCAACACAUAAAUGUAAAGAUCGUAAUAUUAAAGAUCAUUCUAUCAAAUAUAGACAUAGAUCAUUUGAAGAUCCAUUAGGAGUUGCACAAUAUUUUGCACUUAACAGAAAAAUUAAUUUUACUUCUAAUCAAAAUGAGAUAAUAAAUAGAAUCAAAAGCUAUUUUAAUAAAACAAAAAUAGAUAUAAAACCUGAUAUAUUAAAUUGGAUUCGUUCAUUACAACCUAUACAUCGUUGUACACAAGAAAUAUUUGAAUCAAUAAUUGUUCAUGGACAUGUUAUGAGUCGAUCAUAUAUGAAUCGUUUACGAGAUCCAAAAAAUAAUUCAAAAAUUGAUGAUGAUAUAAAUGAUAUUGAUAAUGAACUUAAUAGUAAAGAACAAGCGAUAAAUUAUUUCUUCAAACCAAAAGAAAUAGAUAAAAUUCGUUCACGUACAACUGAAAUGGCUCAUGCAUCACUUACAAAUCCAUUGGGAAUUGGUUAUAAACCCGAUAAAGGUCUUGGAACAAAUCAACAUGUAUUUAGUGUACUUGGUCCAAAUCCUGGUAAACAAAAAGAAAGAUGGAAACAAUUUCAUUCAGCUAAAUUACAUUGUUCAACAGAAGAAUAUAAAUAUACAGCUGCAUUAGAAUUAAUGGCUGCUACUGGAUUAGAAAAGAAAAAAUUACAAGUAGAAUUGAAAGAUAUAAUUAAACGAUGGACUACUAUAGAUUCACAUCAUAUAUUUGAAGCACAUGUACCACAAUUAAUUCUAUUAAAUUAUAUUGAUCAUAUAUAUAUGCCAAAGAAUAUAUCUGAAACAUUAUCAUCACAAGUACAACAGAGUACUAAAUAUUUAUUCAAAAAUUCAUUAACUAUUACAGAAGAUGUAGUAUCAUUAACACACGGCUUAGCUUUAAAAGGAGAUUUUAUGAUUAUAUUAACAAAUGAUCCUAUUGAAACAGAUAAAACACAACAAAAUUUACAAUGUUUAACUUGUUAUGUUGCACCAAUACCCGUUGACCAUGAUACAGAUGAUUAUCAUUAUCCUGAUCAAUGGAGUUAUAUUAAUAAUAAUCCACCAUCAGUUCAUGAAAUAGUUAUAAAACAACAUAAAUUUAAAGCUGGAACAAAUUUAUUCCAUCAAGGAUGUAAUACAGAUGAUUUUAUUAGUUAUUGUUUAAAAACUAAACGUAAUAUCGGUGAAAAAAUCAGAUAUAGAUUAACCUCAUUAGAAUAUAUUCAUGUUACUGCUGGAUCACAAAUAGUUGCAUUUCAAAAUGUAAUGAUAAAAGAUGAACAAAUUGAUGAAUUUCAUAAUUCAUAUAUCGUUGAGUAUAACAAUUCUAAUGCUACAAGUACUCAUGAUAAUAGUGAAAAUAAACGUCCUAAUAUAUUUCGUCGUGUGAAAGAUUUUACAUUAGGUAACAAUGAUAACGAUAAUCCUGAUAAAGAGAAACAUUUAACAGCAUUCAAGGAUCCUGUAUUGAAUAGUAAUGAUGAUUCUAACCAAAAACAACAUUUUUUAUCAUGUAAAGGUUUUAUAUUGGAUAAUGAAGAUGAUGAUGAUUCUGGCAAAGGGAAACAUUUCGCAUCAUCCAAGGAUUCUGUAAAAAAUAACGGCGGGAGCAGUGAUCAUAUUAAUCACUUUAAAAAUGAAUGUAAAAAAGCUCUUAAAAGUAUGUUGAAUGUAACCAGUGGAUAUGUCUUCGACAAUCCAACAAGUUCAGAAGAAAAUUUACCACCAUUAUCACAGCAAGCACAAGAACCACAAAUUAAAAUCCGAAAACAAAGAAAAACAAAAAAGGGAGAUUCCACUAAUGUUGGUGAAAAAACUUCAAAACAAAGUCCAGGUCUUCAAGCCAUUUUUGGUGCAUCCACACAAAAUGUAAUCAUAUCACCGAAAGAAAAUCUUCCUUCUGCUGCUGCUGCUACUGCCAUCACCAUCAACGGCGACGACUGUCUAUCAUCAACUUCACCUCCUCGUGCUCUCACUCAACGACAGCAACGUGCUCUUCGUAUUAUUUCACCGUUGCCAACAAUCACAACAACAAUUUCAAGUAGCCAGCAACAAUUAUCAUCACUAACUUUAAGUCCAAAUCUAACUCCGAUUGGAACAACGACCCCACCAAGCCUCUCGUCACAACAACAGCAACGCCUACACUCACAAAAAUUACAGAACACUCACUGA